UCAAAGUGUGCCCAGAUUGUCCUUCACUCUUGAUAACGAACAAUGAUGUCACGUUUAAGAUAAUUCAUAUCAUAUUAGUGUCUUCUCACUUAUGUCACCUGCCAGUCCUUUGUCUUCGAUAGAUUAACACCUUUUCGAACAUUAUGAAGUGGUUUUCACUUCUUUUCGUUGUGGCCCUCUUUCAUGGGGGAUUGGGGAGGAACUUUGCAGGAUUACGGAGACAGACGUCCAGUUCCGGUGCCACUUCCGUUUUUUCACCUUUUAGUCCAGUAAAAAUGGGAAGCGUGAGUGGUGCCGGUGCCAUGAAUCCGUUCGCUGCUCAGAGUCAGAUGAAUCAUACCGGGUUUCAAAGUAGUUCGUCAUCAACUUCUUCUAUUUUCUUGUCUUCCGGAAAGAACACAAACUUCAAUCCCCUGUCAGGACCCUCUGGAGCGUUAAACCCCUUUAACACCCAGGCAUCGUCAGGACAGCAAAGUACUUCUGGAAAUAACACAAACUUCAAUCCCCUGUCGGGACCUUCUGGAGCAUUAAACCCCUUUAACACCCAGGCAUCACCAGGACAGCAAAGUACUACCGGAUACUCCGGACCCGCAGGCAAUCCAAUGCAGUCAGGAAAUCCUAUGGACAUGAAUCCAUUUGGAGGUAGCACUAAUGCAACUUCCAAUUCUUCAAGCCAAUCAACGGCAAAAUUCCCAUUAAAUAUGAAUCCAUUCGGAUCAAACCAAAUGAGUUCAACUGGUUUCUCAUCAACAUUUGAUCCUAACAAAAUUAACGGGAUGGCAUUCUCGGCACUGAUUGGAAGAGGAACAUUAGUUAAGCGACAAGCCUCGGGAGGAUCUUCCACGAUCCCCAAAUACGACCCAAAUGCGGUCAACCAGUUGACGUCGAGUUUCCUUGACCCCUCCAAGUCCAUGCUCGGCGCAGGAGGUGCCACUGGUGGCAUGUACAACCCAGAUCAGUGGAAUACUAUCAGCUUCAACAUGUUCAACCCCCAGUCUCAGCUAGGGAAGCGAUAUAUCAAAAGACAAACUGCUCAAGCGCCAAGCACAGGUGGAAGUAUGUCACCUUCUGCUGGAUCAACUUCCGGUGGAUCUAGUCCCAGUGGAUCUAGCCUGACCAGCGGGGCAAGUCAGACAGGAGGAGCCAGUCAGUCUGGGGGAGCUAGUCAGGCCGGAAGUGCUAGCCAAACUGGGGGAGUUAGUCAAACUGGGGGCUCGAGUCAGACAUCAGGGGCUUCUCAGCUGACACAACCUAGCAUGUUUACUAACCCAGGGGCAUUUACAAUGGGUGGUGGGUCACCUUCCUCAUCCUCUUCGUCUUCAGGAAGUAGCGGAGGAAGUAGUAGUAGCAGUAGUAGUAGUGGCAGCGGAAGCGGAAGUGGAGGUAGUGGAUCAUCCAGUUCCAGUUCUAUACCAUCAUUCGAUCCAAACAAAUUAAACCAAAUUAUGUUUAGCUUCCUUGAUCCCUCAAAAGCCCAACUAGGGCAAGGAGGGGGAGGGGGGUCUGGUUUUAAUCCGGACCAGAUCAACAGCCAGGUGUUCAACUUCUUCAACCCUAACCUCAUGAUGGGAGGAGGAAGACAAUUUAGGGAUACAUUCCUUUUAUUCGACCAGGACGGUGAUGGGACUAUAACAACAAAGGAGCUAGGUCACGUGAUGCGAUCUCUGGGCCAGAACCCUACCGAUGCAGAGCUUCAUGAUAUGAUAUCUCUGGUAGACAAUGACGGAAACGGCUCAAUAGAUUUCGAUGAAUUCCUUCACCUUGUUGCCAAGAGACUACAAGAAGCAGACAUUGAAACGGGUCUGGUAGAGGCAUUCCGCCUGUUUGAUAAAGAUGGUAACGGUUUCCUCACUGCAAAUGAGCUACAAAGUGUUGUAGCGACAUCGGGGGAAAUCCUUACCGACGCAGAAGUUGAUAUACUGAUGAAUGAAGCUGAUGUCAACAACGAUGGAAAAAUAAACUAUAAAGAUGAAAAACUACAUAAAUUCUUACGCAGAGACAUGUUUAACCCCAAUGCAAUGAUGGGCAGUACGUCAUCAAUGUUUAAUCCAAACGCCAUGAUGUCAGGUAGUUCGACGGGGUCCGUUGGGACACAAUCGUCUAAUAGCCAGUAUUACGGAAGUUUUAACCCUAAUAAUCUGAUGGGAAGCUUGGGUGGGAAUAUGUUCAAUCCCAAUAAUGUCAACGGAAUGGGCGGUGCGGGGUCCUCACAGCAGCAAUCUGGCGGUGGAGGACAAUCUGCUGGACAGUCCUCUGGAGGACUCACUAGUUUCAAUCAAAAUCAAGGUUCCUCGUUUAACCCCAAUGGCAUGAGUGGAUCUCAGUCUGGUGCCUCCUCAUCCGGGUCAUUAUUUAACCCUAACGUCGGAACUGGGUCAUCGUCGUCAGGGUCUCAAAUGUCGUCCUCUCAAACGUCACCGCAGACAACAGGAUCUUCGACCGGACGUCAACAAUCUGGACAGCAACCAGCAGGUUCCUUUGGGUCAUCAAGUAGCAGCUUUGGAGGAUCUCAGUCAGGUGGAACUUCCGGAAGUUCUGCUAACACCUUUGGAAGUUCUCAGUCUGGUAGCACGUCUGGAGCCUCUUCAGGAGCCAGCAGUUUUGGAAAUUCACAGUCCAGUGGAGGUGGUUUAACCGGAAGCACUGGAUCAUCACAGAGUGCAGCCAGUUCUAGUACAUUCGGAAAACCCCCUCAGAACACACAGGGGCAAAGUCCGUCUUCUAGUCAAUCACAGUCAGCAGGCUCGUUAUCGGGGUCGUUUGAUCCUAAUCAAAUCAAUUCAAACUUAGGCCAAUCACAGUCAAGUGGAGGGGGAAAUACUGGUGUUUCUUCUCCCGCUAACAGUAUGACGUCAGGUUCCAGUAGCGGAGGCUCAUCCAGUUCAUUUAUACCUAAAUACGAUCCUAACAACAUUGUUAACACUGGCGGAAAGUAUGAUCCAAACGCUGCCAACUCGGGCGCUGGAACAGGAGGGAAUGUACCUUCGUUUUCUAAUGGUCAAGGAUUCAACCCUCAACAGCAAAGUCCUGGAGGUUCCAGUCCUGGUUCAUCUUCAGGAUCACAGUCGGCACAAGCACAGACUCAGCAGCCUAGCCAAGCUCAGACUCAGUCUAACCAGCAGUCACAGCCUCCAAGUGGUGGCAAGUCAUCAUCUAGUGGAACAUCCGGGUCAUUUGAUCCAGUCGCUACCAACUCAAUGGCUACAUCAGGAUUCAACCCACUAAACCCUCUGAUGGGUGUUGAUAUGAAUAAAUACAUGGGACCUCAGAGCAGCAGUGGAGGCGGUAGUAGUUCCGGUUCCUUUGACGCUGGGUCUGUCAACAUGCAGAUGGCACAACAAGGAACCAGUCUGAACAUGUUUGGAGGUGCAUCAGCACCUAAUGGAGGAAAAUUGGACGCCGGUGCAAUAAUGAGUGGAGCAUCCGGUAUGAAUGGAGGGCCAAGUGGUGGAUCAGGAAGCAGUUCCAGUAGCUCGAUGUUCAGUCCGAGUGCCAUGAUGGGAGGAGGUUCAACUGGAGGCAGUUCUACUGGGUCGAUGUUCAACCCGAGCGCCAUGAUGGGUGGGGGUUCAACAGGAAGAAGCACAUCUGGCUCGAUGUUCAACCCGAGCGCCAUGAUGGGAGGAGCGACUUCCGGGUCAGGGAAUAGGCAGACGUCAGGGACCACAGGAAAAUCCCCCUUAGAUCCACUGGGAGCCAUGAACGGUGGUGCUAUGGGUUUUUCAGGAGGACAUAACCUAGUGGAUCCUAUGGGCUUCAUGAAUGGAGGAGGUCUUUCUGGAAAUUUUGGAAACAUGUUUGCAAUAAACAACCAGGGCGUUGGUAAGAGUGAAGUACAGGAAUACGUACAUGGUAGACAUCAGUGUAUCUAAAGGUCAAACAACAAAUUUGAUAAACGAAUAAUCUGCAUGAGGAGUGUUGUUCUUGUCGCUUGAUUUAGUGUUAAAUUCCCUUUAGUGGACCUUGUCCUGAAUAUUACUAGAAUCCCUGCUUUUUGCUUGCUUGGGGAUAUGGUGCAAUUUAUACUUGAUGUAGAUAACAGUUGUGUGGUCGAUUGCACAGAUGGGAUGCGGUAUUAAGUUUUGGUAUGCUAACCUGAUUAACACGGGAUGAAAUUAGUAAUCAGUUUGAAUUUAAUGCCAAUUGAAAGUUACUUCUUGAAUAUAAGUGGUGUUCGAUAUCUUUUAAUUUGUCUGUCGCAAAGAAAGAAAUAAUAAUCAAAUAAAAUCGAAUUUAAGUUGUAAGCAAGAAUUAUGAAAGAACACAAACUAUAAAUGUUAUUAUUUCUUUAAAAUGUGUGUCUUUAUGUUAUCCAAUGGCGUAUACAUAUUUCCAGCUGUCCCAGGUGUCGCUGUCUAUCUCAAACUGAUAUUAGAGUCUUAACUCUCCCCGCCUACUCUUUCAUUGCCUGGUUGUAUGUAACACCAUAACCGAUAGAUACACGUACCACGAGUCAGCAUUUACGUCCAAUACCUUACUAGUUAAACACAAACAACGCAAUGUCAAUCAUUGUUCGUUCAUUUUGUUACAUCGUCUAUCUUUCUAUUCUAGGGCGGAGGUCUGGAUGGACACAUCCGUUAAGCCUGCAAGAGACGGGCCACUACAACGUCCGAGCGACCAGGCAGAACAAGCCUUCUUGGGGCAAGUCCCUGUUCAAGCCUUUCGACAU